UAAGUGAGAUUGUCUUUCGCUCACUGGAAGUAAAUAUGAACAUACUGCAACGGUUCAUUAGCGGACGGUAUGUUCAUAUAUUCACUAUCAAUGCAUACAUUUAAGAGUUUAAUAAGCCUUUUUACUUCUAUGGGGUUGUCAACAGAUUUCAACGGUUUUCUCUGCUCCUAGUAUAGUGUUGCGCAAUCGUUGCCAACUUCUGGGUGAAAAUGGCGGAGUCUUUAGAACAGCCAGAGGAAAACAAUCCAUUAAUCAGAUCGAUUAAUAAUGAUGUCAGCGUGAAUGUUAGGUUUUCAAACAGAAGUGGAAGGACAGCUUCUCUACUUUGGUAUAACUUCAAAGGAAAGUUUGUGAAGUAUGGCAUUUUACAUCACGGCGAUAUCAUGGACAUGUUUACAUACGUGACCCACCCCUGGGGUGCACGCGAUGCUGUAAGUGGGGAUGUGUUAAAUAUUGGAGGACAUUCUGUGUAUUAUCCUCAAGUUCCAGCAAAUGGAGUCCAGCCUGACGAGUUCCCAGUUUGCAAUAUUGAUUUACCACUUUAUUCAUUGAAGGAAAUAUGUCUCCAGCAAGUACAGAAGCUAUAUCCAAGAAAAAAAAUUAAAAACAUUGAAGAUGUGUUGCCACAUACUCUUGUAACUGAACUCAAAGAAGGUGGGAAACAUGAGGUUCACUAUCUUUACAAGAAUGUGAAGGUCAGCAAGGGUUCACACGUGAAGCACACAUGUAACAAGGACGGCCUUGUGGAAUUAGUGAAACUUGAUGGACAGAUCAUUCCAAUUGGUGACCAUCAACUUGACACUGAUAGUGAUAAGGAAGAAGAUGACACUUCUUAAUCUAACUCCAGAAAAACUAAAUCUAGUGAUUCUUGCUCUUGUUCUUAGGUGGUUGGUGGCUUGGUCACUUAUUUGAUAUUUGAAGGAUGUAUUGAUUCGGGCUGCAUGAAUCAAUUCCUUCCUGUGUGCAUAACUGAAAAUUUCAAGGGCAUUAUCUAAAAUAGAGCUCCACAUGAACAUGCACUUUAUGUAUUGUAGGGUCACAAGUAAACCACAGUGUCACAAGUAAACCACAGUGUCACAAGUAAACCACAGUGUCACAAGUAAAACACAGCUCUACAAAAACUUUAUCUAUUGCAGGGUCACAACUAAAACAUCUUUUCUCUUUUACAUAUGCCAGAUGACAGACUUUCUGACAGACAGAUGUCUUAUGUUGACUAGACACGUGUCUGUCAAAAUAUCGAAUGGUCUGAAAGUCAGAGAAAAUUUGUUCUACAUGGAGAUAAUGUAAUGAAUUGUGAUGUAUUUGUACUGUGUGAUAUUUAUCUGUUUCUGAUAUACUCUAUUAAACUGUGAUAUGUUUUAAAUUCAUGUGCAACAUAUUGUUACUUCAUUAGAUUUAAUAAAGGCAUAUA